AUGACGACUCAAGUUACGCCGUCGAAACAGGCGGCUGCAAGCCUCGAGAAUCUCAAGGUCAAAGACAGUCCUAUUAAGAAACUCAACUUCAAUGUUGAGGAUAAGGAAAACAUGCCUGUUCCCCUCGAGCCCACCGAACCCACGGCCAAACCGGAGCCAGAGACUGAGAAACAGCCGGCACCAGAGGCAGAGGAGAAGGACAAACAGGCUCAGGUCCCCAAGACGCUUAAAGAGCUCGAGGCUGAAGAGCCACUGCUGCAAGAGAAUCCUCAUCGCUUCGUUCUCUUCCCUUUGAAGUACCAUGAGAUUUGGAACAUGUAUAAGCGUGCCGAGGCCAGUUUCUGGACGGCAGAAGAGGUCGAUCUUUCUAAAGAUCUUCACGACUGGCACAACCGUCUAAACAAUGACGAACGCUACUUCAUCUCCCAUGUCCUCGCUUUCUUCGCUGCCUCAGAUGGAAUUGUCAACGAGAACCUUCUUGAGCGCUUCAGCGCCGAAGUGCAGGUACCGGAAGCACGUUGCUUUUACGGGUUUCAAGUCAUGAUGGAGAACAUUCACUCUGAGAUGUACAGUCUUCUGAUUGACACCUAUGUGAAGGAUCCCAAAGAGAAGACGUAUCUGUUUGACGCCGUCGACACGAUCCCUUGCAUUCGCAAGAAAGCAGACUGGGCUUUGCGAUGGAUCUCAGACAAAGAGUCGAGCUUUGCUCAACGUCUGGUUGCUUUCGCUGCUGUCGAAGGCAUCUUCUUCUCUGGAUCGUUUGCAUCCAUCUUCUGGCUGAAGAGCAAGGGUCUCAUGCCUGGCCUCACCUUCUCCAACGAGCUCAUCUCUCGUGAUGAGGGCAUGCAUACGGACUUUGCAUGCCUGCUGAUGCAACAUCUGCAGCACAAGCCCGACCCACAACUCAUCGAAAACAUUAUAACGGAGGCUGUUAAGAUUGAAAAGGAGUUUCUCACCGAUGCCCUUCCCGUCGCAUUGCUUGGCAUGAACUCGAAGCUCAUGUGUCAGUACAUUGAGUUUGUCGCUGACCGCUUGCUCCUCGCCCUGGGCAACAAGCGACACUACAAUGCGCAGAACCCCUUCCCAUUCAUGGAAAACAUCUCUCUUGCGGGCAAGACCAACUUCUUCGAGAAGCGCGUCGGCGACUACCAAAAGAGUGGUGUCAUGACUUCAGCCAACAAGAAAUCUGAAGAGAAGUCUACUUCCCCCAAGGAGGAGAAGACGGAAGCCGAAAGCAACGGCAUCAGCUUUGACGAAGACUUUUAG